GAGAAGGCGUUUUUAUGGGUGUAGACAGUUUUGGAACGAAAAUCCUAGGAGUGAUUUAUCUACUUCAAAGCAGUAUACCAAGGAGCAGUAUACUAAUAAGGCUGAUCAGUCCUCUCUUCCUUACAAACAUGAGUGAAUCAGCGGAGUCUCUGGCUGCCAAUGUGACCAGUCGCAGGAACGUUACCAUUGAAAUUACCAACCUCACCAGCAACUACUGUCUGCUAAACCCAAAAGUUUUCUUGGAGAAUGGAUCCACUUACAGCCCACCACAGCCCACAGUGCGACCACUGAAGACCGAGGUGUGCAACUUCAGCAAGAACAGCGCCAAAGCCACAGGCAGCGUGGGUGUCAUGACCUAUGACCUCUUCGAGAAGACACGGAACGAUUACAUCGAGACCAUGGCUAUCAUGUUCUCCGUGCCCUACGACUAUAACGUGUACAAGAACUGGUUUGCCGUCGGCAUUUUCGGUAAAGGCAAAGAGUGCAACGAGGCUCUGUACAAAGAGAUGUACUACAACAAGGAGCAGAAGGGCUUUGUCAGGGAGGAGGCGCGAGGCUCCAGCAUCACUUAUGAAGGCAGCUACUUGGACAUCAAAGCCACCAUGUCUCCUAUGGGCAGAGCCAUGAUGAAGGUGGAAGUGUGGGACAAGCUCUUCACCCCUUCACUCAGUCAACAAUACUGAUCACUGGUAUUAAAUGCAAUCACUUUAAACAUUAUCGUCGAUGUAAGAGCACCGCUUUUGACACCCAUGUUAAGAAUAUUUUAUUGCAUGAUCUGAAAGAUGAGAUUCAUUUGUUAUUUUUCAUUGUCUUGAUUUCAAACAUACUGACAAUAAAAGAGAUGGUCUUACAUUA